AUGGACGAAACAGUUCCAACACCUGAUGCAUGUCCCGUGAAGACUAAGAAGAAGAGAAAACCAGAAGCUCCCAAGAUCAAGAAAGCGGGUCGUACCGUAUCGCAGAUGAUUAUCAAAGCUGUGUCUGAUUCCAAAGAGCGCAGCGGACUCUCUCUGACCGUGAUGAAGAAGUCUCUGGCGGCGAGCGGCUACGAUGUUGAGAUGAACAACUCCCGCGUCAACCGUGCUGUCAGGACCCUGGUGAACAAGGACACUUUGCUACAAACCAAGGGCACCGGCGCUUCGGGCUCUUUCAGGGUCAAUAAAACUCAGGCAGGAGCCAAAGAAAAAUCAUCCAAGAAGAAAGCGGCUCCGAAACCCAGAAAGGCUCCAGCGAAAAAAAAGGCGGCACCCAAGAGGUCUCCGAAAAAAGACAAGCGACCAGCAGCUCGGAAAACUACCAGGAGCUCCAAAAAAGUGAGAAAAAUAGCGGCUAGGAAAGCGCCCAGGAGCCCCAAAAAAGCGAGAAAAACAGCAGCUAGGAAAGCGCCCAGGAGCCCGAACAGAGGUCGGAAUAAACAUAGAUCACCACCAAAGAAGAAACCGUCUUACAGAAGGUGGUAA